AACUGAGUCAACGCAUUUUUCAGAUUCAAGAAAGGUAGGGCGCAGGGCGGCUGGCCCCCGCAAGAAGAGCGAGAUACGAGUCAGCUACUUCCCUAGCUGAACCGAUCAGCUAUCGCAAUCAAUUGAUGUCUUCAGAUGAGAUUUAAGAUUUUACUGUUCAUUUAGUUGGUUUGAUUCGCCGUUGGUCGUCCAAAAAUUACAAACCGAGAAAAUGACAGACCCUGCGGUGGCCGACACUCGCCGGUUGAAUUCCAAGCCCCAGGACCUGACGGAUGCUUACGGCCCCCCCAGCAAUUUUCUGGAGAUAGACGUUUAUGAUCCACAAAUCGUUGGAGUUGGACGGAACCGUUACACAAACUAUGAAGUUCGCAUGCGGACAAACCUUCCCAUUUUCAAACUGAAGGAUUCCUGUGUGAGAAGAAGAUACAGUGACUUUGAGUGGUUAAAGAAUGAGCUGGAAAGAGACAGUAAGAUUGUAGUACCAUCUCUGCCGGGCAAGGCCCUGAAGAGACAGUUGCCAUUCCGCGGAGACGAGGGCCUUUUUGAGGAGUCCUUCAUUGAGGAGCGGCGAUCGGGCCUCGAGCAGUUCAUCAACAGAAUUGCAGGUCAUCCCUUGGCCCAGAACGAGCGCUGCCUUCACAUGUUUCUGCAAGAGGAAAGCAUUGACCGUAACUACAUUCCUGGAAAAGUAUGAAUGAAAUAACACAGACUGCUGCACCUGCCCCAUGUACAUUUAUUUCGACAUCACGUCAUUAUAAAGCUGGUGGAAAUGUCAGAACUGAUAAGUAUCAACGGUGUAGGAAAAACACAACUAUUGCUCCUGGACAAAACUACAAGAUCCAAUGUAUACAUUGUUUGAUGUUGUCUUUAUUCAGUCAUUCCACAGUGUGUACAUUCUUUUUGUUCAGUAAUCAGUGAAAAAGAAAACAUGUUUCCAUAUAUCCUUUUGUCAUAGCUAGAUUUUUUUUUUUUUUUUACAAUGAUUGUUAUAUUUUCUAAAUGUCUUUUAAAUUGAUUUGAUCACAUUUAAAAUGAGGGUAAUUUCCUGCUUUGAUUAAUGUCUUCUUUUGCUAGCGGAGAUGUGAUUUUGAUGAUAACUUCCCAAAGUCAAGCAACAUGUAGCAUCAUGAAAGAGACAGUGAUAUUUCAUCCCAGACAAUACACAUUUGCAUUUCCCCCUGAGUUUUAUGUUCUGAACAUGCUCUUAGACAGUAGUGUUUCAUGAUUAUUUGUUUGAACUCUGCUGUCUUAGUUACAUCAUCAUGCCUGCACUUUGGCUGUGUGUUGUCAAAUCAGCCAUCGGGAAUGUUAAGUUAGGUAAAUAACCACAUCUAAGCACUGUGACAAGAGGUUCAUUAUAUGAACAAUAUUUCAUUGUUUAAAGGCAUAAUCAGCAUCUGGUUUAUUGAUCUGAAAUGAGGCAAAGUCUGCACUUAUUUUCAGCCGGUUUAUUCUUUCUAUCAAUAUUAUUGUGAGGUGUAUUAAUACAUGUUAUCAUUGGAGCCCCACUACGAGUGACCAGGAUCAUACUUGUUAAUUCUGUCCACCAAUUAAAUUUCCUGCUGCUUGCUGUUUCAUGUCUACAUGUGUCUUUUCAGUUUUAAAGAGAAGAAAUAAAAUCAGUAAAACUCACCUUCCAGUUUGUGAUUAGUGCGUCACACUGAGAAGCAGCGAGGCGGAUCAGAGAGAGUCAUGGGAGCUGGAUGAAUGGGCGCAGAUGGCCUAAUUUAAUAAUGAAAAGGAAAAACCAUAUUAGGUUGGAAAUGCUUGGGUAUACAUUUUGGAGGAAGAUUUUCUUUGCAUAAAUCUUACAACUUGUACAGAAAGAUACACUACACUUUUUUUAAAAAUGUGUAUUAAGUUUUAAUUAAUUUGUUUUAAUGUUCUUUAAAUCCCUCUCCACAACAAAUAAUAAUAGAAUAAUGUAACAGUAUUACAUUUAAAAACAAAAAACAUGUACUGUGUGGGCCAAUGUAUUUUAAACCAUGUCUCAAUGGAACUUGUAAUGUGCUGCACCAAAGCUCACAUUAAUAAAACCAUAACACAGUGA